AUGGAUCCCGACUGCGGUGUCAACGCGAUCGUCAACUAUACUCUCGGUGAAGGGUUGGCUCGACCCCAGUUCACUGUAAAAGCGGAUACUGGCGAACUUUGUGUUGCAAAUCCUCUGGACCACGAAAUGAUCAGCGAUUUUGAAUUUCCAGUCAUCGCUACAGACCGAGGGGGCCUGUCCACGACCGCAAUGGUGAAGAUUCAACUUCUCGAUAUCAAUGACAACGUUCCGGCCUUCACUGUGAAAGAUUACAACGUUUCUUUGAAGGAGGGAAGGGUAUCCAACAACGAACCCAUAGUGGCUGUUUCCGCAAAUGAUGCAGAUUCAGGAAAAUUUGGUACUGUCACGUAUAGGAUAGUAAAUGGGAAUGAUAAUGAUGUGUUCCGGAUAGAUAGGAGUAGUGGAGAAGUGUUUGUGACAAAGCCAGCUCUCAUUCAGGCAAAUGGUAAAUUUGAUUUGGAGAUAUCAGCGACGGACGGUGGGGGGCUGUCCGCGCCGCAAGGGGCUACAGUGCAUGUGAACGUGAUGCCUGCUGGGGUUGGUUCCGCAUUGUUCGAUAAACCGAGAUACAAUUUUCGUGUGCGUGAAGACGUGAGAAUCGGAACUAUUGUUGGCAGUCUUAAAGCUACAGCUGGAGGUAAACAAUUAGUCCGGUACAGCAUUAUUUCUGGGGAUGUAGAUAACGUCUUCACCGUGGAACCCCAUACCGGGACCAUAAGAACUUCAGGAAAGCUCGACCGAGAAACCACUGCUUCCUACUUAUUGAACGUCAAAGCUUCAACUGGCAAUCCUGCUAGCUUUGAUCAGACUCAGGUCCAAAUAACAUUAGAGGAUAUAAACGAUAACGCUCCAGAAUUCGGUACAUCUUCAGUACGUGUGUCUGUAGCAGAAUCUGCUGCGAUAGGAUCAGUUGUGUAUGCAGCGAGAGCUACAGAUCAAGAUGAUGGGAAAAAUGGCCAGAUAACCUACCACUUGGUAUCUGCUACUGGGCCACCUAACACUUUCGCAGUUAAUUCUCAACAUGGCUUAGUUACUUUAUUGAGACCCUUGGACUAUGAAAAUUUAGUUCGACAUACCUUGAUUAUUUCGGCAAAAGAUAAUGGAAACCCACAAUUGAGCGCUAAUCUCACUCUAGCCGUUGAUGUACAAGAUGUUAAUGAUAAUGCACCAGUUUUUGAGCACGAUACUUAUAGCGCCAAUGUUUUGGAAUCUGAUGCUGUUAAAACAAAAAUUUUAGAAAUUCAAGCAAUAGACAAGGACACCGGUAACAAUGCGCGCAUAACCUAUCGCGUCGUAUCAGAGAAUAAUACAAACGAAGAGCAUUUUAAAGUUCAACCGACCACUGGCUGGGUGUAUCUCGCUAAGCCUCUCGAUAGAGAGACGAUAUCUAAACACAAAAUGACAAUAAUAGCUACAGACAAUGGUAUUCCGCCGAUGUCAGCGACUGCUAGUCUUAUUGUCAAUGUAGUAGAUGCUAAUGAUAAUGAUCCAUUUUUCUCGCAAAUAGCCUAUGAGUUUCAGGUUGAAGAGAAUCAAAAAGCUGGUGCGUUUGUUGGGAAAAUCGCAGCAUCUGAUGCAGAUUUGGGAGAUAAUGCUAUUGUUAGAUAUAGCUUGUUCCCGUCGAAUACAAGCUUUGUCGUUAAUCCGAGCACAGGUAUUAUAAUUACUAAAGAAGUUCUAGAUAGAGAGUUUAAAAAUUCUUAUUCUUUAUUUGCGGAAGCAAGAGAUCAAGGUUCAUUGCCUAGGUCAAGCAGAGUGCCAAUUUCAAUUAAAGUGACAGAUGUUAACGAUAAUUCUCCUGAAAUAAUUGAUCCUAGAGAAGAUGUAGUUAGUGUCAGAGAAGAGCAGCAACCUGGUGCAGAAGUAGCAAGAGUCAAAGCUAUAGAUAGAGAUAAUGGUGUCAACGCAUCUGUCAAAUAUUCCAUUCUAAAUGAAAGGGAUAUGGACGGAUUUGGUGUUUUUGUUAUUGAUUCAAACACUGGAGUUAUAAAGACAAGUACAGUUUUGGACCAUGAAGAAAGAUCAAUAUACCGCUUAACAGUAGCAGCAACAGAUGGAGGCCAGCCACCAAAACAAUCUGUCAGACAAUUAAAAGUAGAAGUUCUUGAUCUAAAUGAUAACCGGCCGACUUUUACAAGUUCUAGCUUAUCGUUUAAGGUAAAAGAAAACGCUCAAAUAGGAUAUGUUGUUGGUGCUAUCACGUGCUGUGAUAAUGAACUGCAAGAUAACUCAAUAAACGGCGACGAAGAGAGGCAAAUAUCAUACUUACUCAUGUCACUUACAUCAGAUUACUCACCUGGAACUUUUGAAAUAGAUAGAAGGACGGGUUCCUUAGUAGUUGCAAGGCAAUUAGACAGAGAAAUUCAAGACGAAUACCGGUUGGAAGUUAGAGCUUUAGAUACAUCCGCCACUAAUAACCCACAAAGUAGUGCAGUUACAGUACGGAUUGAAAUAGUAGACGUUAAUGAUAACGCACCACAAUGGACUAUAGAUCCAAUAAAUAUCGAGGUCUCAGAAAUUACAACUGUAGGAACAAUUAUUUAUAAUUUCACUGCAAGAGAUGCCGAUGCAGGGCCUAAUGGAGAACUAAACUAUCAUAUACUGUCAUCUUUUCCUCGUGAAAGACAAGUUUUUAAUUUAGACCCUCUCACUGGCGCUUUAACUCUUAACUCUCCUCUUGAUUUUGAAGACUUAAGAGAAUAUUGGUUAGUUCUUAAUGCUGUUGAUCUUGCGGCAAAUAUUUCAGAGAGAAUGGCUACAUCUGCAACGGUACAUAUAUCUGUAAUAGAUGCUAAUGAUAACACACCAUUAUUUGUAUCUGCUGAUAAAGUUUCUGUAACAUUAAAUACUUUAUCUGGCAUUUUGUACCAAGCUUUAGCUGUUGAUACGGACUCUGGAGAAAAUGGUAGAAUUUCUUACUUUAUCUCAGAUGGUAAUGAUCACGCAUAUUUCUCAAUGGAAUACGAUACGGGUAAAUUGACUUUAAUGAAGAAAUUUUCGUCAGACGUUGCAAGGGUGCGACCUGGACAAUAUAAGUUAAACUUAACUGCUUCAGACCAUGGCAUACCUUUUCCCAGACAAAGUCAUAUGACAUUACUGCUAAAUUUACAAGAAUCCACUAACGUUCCACCGAGGUUUACGGAAUCUUACUAUAGAGCGAAUAUAAGCGAAGAUAUUCGACCAGGCAGUUUUGUGACGAGAUUAUCGGCUAAAUCAUCCAGAGGAAAUUCAGGUAACUUGAGCUUUAUGAUACCAUCAGGAGUAGCAAGUGACAAAUUUACCAUUGAUGAACGCCUAGGUACAGUUACUGUUAAAACUAAAAUAGACAGAGAGGAAGCAGAACAAUACAUAUUUCCAGUGUACGUUACUGAUUCAAGCACAUUUCAGUCUACCACAAAUUUUGAUGUAGCUACCGUUUAUAUAAGUGUAUUAGAUGAUAAUGACAAUUCACCAACUUUUAAACCAGGCUCUUGCUAUACGUUGACAGUACCGGAAAAUAAUGAACCUGAAGUAAUACAUACUGUUACUGCUACAGAUAAAGAUAUAGGUGCCAAUGGAAUAAUUACCUACAGUAUAACAUCGGGAAAUAACGGGAAUAAAUUCUCAAUUGAUGCUACAACUGGAAAGCUUACGGCAAAAACUUUAGACAGAGAAACUCAAUUCAGAUAUGAUUUAACGAUAUCUGCUUAUGAUCAUGGUUCACCAGUAGCGUUACAAGGCUCAUGUAACUUGACCAUAAUGGUAGAAGACCAGAAUGAUAAUGAUCCAGUUUUUGAUACCGGACAUUACUCUGCUGCCAUUCCUGAGGAUGCACUUAUUGAUACGUCAAUUAUCAAAGUAAGAGCAACAGAUGCAGAUUUAGGGUAUAACAAGCGUAUUGUCUAUUCUUUAGCGAAUGAAAGUCAAGGCCUAUUUAGAAUAGACAACAAAACUGGCAUUAUUUUUACAACUGGGUAUUUUGAUCGAGAAACAACUAGUAGUUACCGUUUUGAGGCUGUUGCUACGGAUCAGGGACGUUACAUCGCACGCUCUCAACGAGUUUCAGUUGAAGUUACAAUAAAUGACGUAAAUGAUAAUAAGCCAAUAUUUACCAAAUACCCUUUUAAAGAGCAAGUGGCGACUUUAACUCCUCCUGGACAAAGUUUACUACGAGUGUCUGCUACUGAUAAUGAUAUUGGAAUUAACUCCGAAAUACUUUUUGAACUUUUAGACACUUCAAAUCAUAAAUUUCGCAUAAAUCCAACUACAGGAGUCCUCACUGCUACACAGAGUUUGGCUAGUGAAAAUGGUAAACUAAUACACCUUAAAGUUAUAGCUAAAGAUAAAGGUAGUCCCCCGCAAAGCUCCAUAGGACUUAUUGAAAUACGCGUUGGUGACUUUUCCGAUCAAACGCCUGCUUUGAGUUUUCAAAAUUCAACUUAUAACGUAUCUAUAGAGGAAAAUUUAGCUUAUGGUAAAGAUGUUAUACAAGUAACCGCACUCAGAAGCGACGGGCGACGACAAAAGAUAAUCUACGAGAUUGGUAAUGGAAAUGAUCAAUAUGCUUUCGAAAUAGAUUCUAACACAGGAGUCAUAAAAGUCAAUAAUUCAUUAAAUUUGGAUUACGAAUCAUAUCCAGGUCCGAAUAGAGAAUUAAUUGUUGUAGCUCGGACAGAAGGUGCUUCAAUAUUAUAUGGAUAUUGCAAAGUUAUAAUAAAUCUUAUAGAUCAAAAUGAUCAUGCUCCUAGAUUCACUCAGCAGCUAUACACCGCAAAUGUUCUUGAAGGUAAUACAAAAGGCGAGUUUGUCGUACAAUUAGCGGCUAAAGAUGGAGACCGAGGAGUGAAUGCAAGAAUCUUAUACCAUAUUGUCGAUGGAAAUCACGAUAAUGCAUUUAUCAUAGAACCUGCUUUUUCUGGCUCAGUAAAAACCAACAUAGUAUUAGAUCGUGAAAUACGUGAAACGUAUAAGCUGACAGUAAUAGCAACUGAUGAAGGCAAUCCUCAAAUGACCGGAACAGCCACCCUAAGAAUUAAUAUAGUUGACAUCAAUGACAAUCAACCGACAUUCCCACCGCCGAAUGUCAUUUCUGUAUCGGAAGGAGCGGAAGUCGGCUCGGUGCUUACAUCUGUUACUGCAAAUGAUGUUGACACGUAUCCAGCGCUGAAAUAUGCGAUUGUUCAAGGAGAUAAUACAUUUUCAAUAGACAGAUAUAGUGGAAAGAUAGUACUAAACAAGCUACUGGAUUACGAAAACAAAAAGGUCUAUCAAGUAAAUAUAAGCGCUUCAGAUAGUGAGCACGUCGCACAAACUACAUUAACUAUAAAAGUGACUGACGUUAACGAUAAUACGCCUAUGUUUGAUGAAAUAUCCUAUAACAGCGUAUUACCUGAAGGCAGCGGAACUAUGGAAAUAGGAUCUGUCAGUGCAAAAGAUAUCGACACCGAUGAUAACGGGAAGAUAUCUUAUUCUAUUCUCGAACCAGUUCCCGGAUACUAUGUUGAUGCAAAUUCUGGAGUUUUGUAUGUGAAUUAUAGUGCUUUGCCGUCGCAUCAGAGUGAUAUACAAUUGGCCGUAAUUGCCACAGAUCAUGGAAAACCAAAUAGAAGUGCUGUCGCAUCUGUAAGAAUUAGUACUGGGGCAUCUUCCGAAAUAAAACCAUUCAUUGGACAAGACACCUAUAGAAUCACCGUCAACGAAAAUACGGAAAAGGGAUCGUCGCUCUUACAAAUUGGUGGAAUCAACGACGUUCUAAAAAAGUAUAAUUUAAAUUUCCAUAUAAUAUCUGGCAAUGAUGGAGAAGCGUUUGAUAUGACAAAUGAAGGAGCUUUAAUUCUGGUCAGUAAAUUGGAUAGGGAAGCGCAAGAUUCCUACAUUCUCGGAUUGGCUGCCGUAGAACAAGGGAAGAUUUUAUCUUAUAACCAAAACAAAACAUCUAUCAUGAUAUAUGUGACAGUAACAGAUGCAAACGAUAAUGCUCCGAUAUUUUCUGUAAGUGAAUUUGAAUUAAAAAUUAGUGAAGACGUCAAAAUUGGUUAUACAGUUACCCAACUAUCUGUAACUGAUGCUGAUUUAUUUGGAACACCUAACUCUGCAAUAAUUUUUAAUAUAACAUCAGGAGACGAUGAAAAAUCAUUUUACGUACACCCCACAACGGGAAUUUUAACGGUAAAUAAAACACUCGACUGUGACUUAGGUAAAGCAAAAUAUAAGCUAAUUGUAGUAGCUUGUGAUCAAGGCGUCCUUUGUCUAUGCAAUGCUGUAUAUAUUGAUAUAGAAAUACUUGAUGAAAAUGAUAAUGUGCCUACAUUCCCUGUAAGCGAAUAUUUCGAAACAAUAGGCGAAAACGAACGAGUCGGUACAUCGGUAUUCACCGCUAGAGCCACUGAUCUUGACAGAGGCAAAUAUGGAAAACUAAAUUACUCCAUAGUACCAUUGUCUACAAAUUACAAUAGAAACGAUGACUCUUGGAAAAUGUUUCAAAUAGACUCCGCAACUGGUCUUGUAAACACUAACGCGGUAUUCGACUACGAACAAAAGAACAAAUAUGAGUUUUCGAUAAAAGCCUCGGAUGUGGGCGGCAAGAGCUCUACAGUUAAAGUAAGAAUUGACAUAGAAAGUCGGGACGAGUUUUAUCCUCAAUUCACUCAAAAGACUUACAAUUUUGGUGUACCAAAAGUAGGUUCUUUGCCAGCCGGUUAUGUAAUAGGACAAGCGACAGCCACAGAUAGAGACAAGGGUAUAGAUGGACGCAUAGUGUAUCAAUUGUCAACGUCACACUCGUACUUCAAAAUUAAUAGAACGACAGGUGUUAUUAUAUUGAAGAAGAAAGUAGAAUCUGUUAAUAACUUGUUUGGCGCAGAUAAGUCAAUAAGUUUAGUUAUUACAGCAAGCUCCGGCCGGCAGGGAUCACUUACCAAUAAAACCGCAGUAGAAAUACUACUCGAUCCCUUGGCGGUAGCAUCUGACCAGCCGAAUAUGAUUACUGAUGCAUCUAUUGCACAGAGCAGUGGUCUUUCCUCGUGGGCAUUAGGAUUAUUAAUUGCAGGAAUAUUAAUUAUAAUAAUUUUCAUGGUAGUACUUUUAUUCUUAUAUUUAAAAAAUAAACAUAAGAAAGUACACACUAAACCAGGACUGAACUCAGAAGGAAUGGGAGCUACAAAUAGUUAUGUAGAUCCAAGUGCAUUUGAUACAAUCCCAAUACGGAAUACUGGUACUGUAAAUACCGCUCAGUUUGCUCCUCCAAAAUAUGACGAGAUACCACCAUAUGGACCACAUACAGGCAGUUCAAACUCUGGAGCCGCAACUACUUCGGAACUCUCAGGGUCUGAUCAAUCUGGGUCAAGUGGGCGUGGUUCAGCAGAAGAUGGUGAAGAUGGAGAAGAUGAGGAAAUUAGAAUGAUAAAUGAAGGCCCAUUACAAAGAGAUUCAGGUAUGCACAGACAAGCAGGCGGUGUCGACGAUGAUAAUUUAUCGGACGUUUCUGUUCAUAACACGCAAGAAUAUUUGGCUAGAUUGGGAAUUGUAGAUACUGGUACUGGUGGUGGUGCCUCAACUUCCUCCCGUAGAUGUUCAGAAAAUGUAACCAAUAAAGAUAACAUGAUGCAUCAUGGCCCAAUAGAUUCAAUGCAUAUUUUUGACGAAGAUAGUGCUCAUGAAAAUGACAUAACGAAUUUGAUUUAUGCCAAAUUAAACGAAGUAACUGGUAGUGAAAGAGCUAGUAGUGCUGAUGAAGCGAGCGCCGCUGUUGACAGAGCAAUGGCACUAGGGGCUUUCCCAAGCACAUCGGGAGAUAACAACGCUGUACCCACUGCUGGGCCCUCUAUGACGGGCAGCCUGAGCUCCAUUGUCCAUUCAGAAGAAGAAUUAACAGGUAGUUAUAACUGGGAUUACUUAUUAGACUGGGGCCCACAAUACCAGCCUUUAGCUCAUGUUUUCUCAGAAAUAGCUCGAUUAAAAGACGAUGCUGUGUCAUUGCAAAGCGGAAAUAGUGGUGCUUCAAGUGCAAAAAGUAAAGGGACAUCGAUAUCUGGAGGCAAAAGUGUCCCGCCGCCUUUGUUAACGACGGUUGCCCCACGGAGCUGCCCGGCCCCUUCUCUAUCAUGUAGACAGCCUCAACAUUUAUUACCAAGGUCACCUAUAAGUCAUGAUGUUCCUGGAUUUUCUGCAGCAGCUAUGUCGCCGUCGUUUUCGCCAUCACUCUCACCUUUAGCGACUAGAUCACCAUCGAUGUCACCAUUAGUAGGGCCAGGCUUACCUCCUGGGCCAAAUAAUAGAAAACCUCACUCGACGAUGAGAAUG